AUGUCUUACAGAAAGGAGCUAGAAAAAUACCGAGACCUGGAUGAAGACAAGAUCCUUGGAGCUCUGACAGAGGAGGAGCUCAGGAAGUUAGAGGAUGAACUGGAAGAGCUGGAUCCUGAUAACGCACUGCUGCCAGCAGGGCUCAGGCAGCGGGAUCAGACACAAAAACCGCCAACUGGCCCAUUCAAAAGGGAGGAACUCAUGGCCCACCUAGAAAAGCAAGCAAAGGAUGUUAAAGACAGAGAAGACUUGGUUCCUUUCACGGGUGAAAAGAGAGGAAAAGCUUGGAUCCCCAAGCAGAAGCCGAUGGAUCCUGUUUUGGAAAGUGUGACCCUGGAGCCGGAACUGGAGGAAGCCCUUGCUAAUGCCUCUGAUGCAGAGCUCUGUGACAUUGCUGCCAUCCUUGGUAUGCACACCUUGAUGAGUAAUCAACAGUACUAUGAGGCACUGGGGAGCACCACCAUCGUGAACAAAGAGGGGCUCAACAGUGUGAUUAAGCCCACACAGUACAAACCAGUUCCUGAUGAGGAACCAAACUCAACAGAUGUAGAAGAAACUCUGAAACUAAUACAAAGCAAUGAUCCUGACCUUGAGGAAGUCAACCUUAACAAUAUUAUGAAUAUUCCCAUACCAACUCUAAAAGCUUUUGCGGAAGCUCUGAAAAAUAACACCUAUGUGAAGAAGUUCAGUAUAGUUGGGACACGGAGCAAUGAUCCUGUUGCUUUCGCACUGGCAGAAAUGCUGAAAGUCAACAACACGCUGAAGAGCCUGAAUGUGGAAUCCAACUUCAUUUCUGGGUCCGGGAUCCUGGCUGUUGUGGAAGCACUCCAGGGCAACACCUCUCUAGUAGAGCUGCGCAUUGACAACCAGAGCCAGCCCUUGGGCAACAAAGUAGAAAUGGAGAUUGCGAGCAUGUUGGAAAAGAACACCUCCCUGCUGAAGUUUGGGUACCAUUUCACUCAGCAAGGUCCCCGGCUCCGCGCCUCCAAUGCCAUGAUGAAUAACAAUGACCUAGUGAGGAAGAGAAGACUUGCAGAGUUGAAUGGGCCUAUUUUUCCCAAGUGCAGAACUGGAGUGUAAUUCCUGGCUGUGGAGGUCAUUCCCGGUGAUCUGUUCUACACUGUGGAAAUCUAAAGGCAAUAAGUGCCUUGACAGAGUA